AUGAUACCGAAGCAGCCACACCCGGCGAAAGUUUUCACGAAGGAUCUGGAAUUCGAGCCUGGCCUGACAGUGAUUUGGCUCCUGGCCGUCUUCUCUGUGGGGGUUGGUUCAUACUGGUCGGGAAACGUUCGGCAGCAGGUAUACGAGUGCGAGGUGCACAGCCGUCAAAUGCGCCGUCGGCGGCUCUCAAGCAGCAGCGCCGCCAGCCAGGGAGCUCCCAGCCGGCCGCAAGGCAUGAACGUCAUCGAGGAAGAUAGCUCGCUCGACAUCUCCCCGAUCUGGGUGCUGUCGUUUGUCGUAUUCAUGGCCACCAUGCUCGUCGUCCUCUAUUUUUUCAUCAGAUACCUCGUUUACUUCAUUCACGGUAUGUUCGUGUUGUCCGCAUCCGUCGCCGUUCUCGGUGUUCUGGAGCCGCUGGCUUACAAGAUGCCCUGCGGCACUGGCAGGCUUCCGGAUGGCGCCGUACCCUGCUUCCACGGUUCGCUCGAGGUGCGGCAGGCACUCGUGCUUCUCGCCGCCAUGGCGGUGCCCGCUUUCUGGAUCUACAUCAGGCACCACCCGCUCUCCUGGAUUAUGCAGGACUUGCUGGGCGUCUGCUUCAGCGUGUACAUCCUGCGCGUGGUUCGAAUGCCAAACCUUAAGAUAUGCACGAUGCUUUUGUCGAUUCUGUUUUUCUACGAUAUAUUCUUCGUAUUUCUUACACCGCAUUUCAUUCCGCCAGCAAUGAUGCACAACACAACGACGAGCUUCGUAAACGCCACUGGGAAAGGCGACAGCAUUAUGGUUGAAGUGGCCCGUGGUGGUGGCUCCAAGGAGCAGAUACCGAUGUUGAUGCGAGUGCCGCGGUACGGAAACCAGGAUAUAUCUCCAUGCCUGAACCCGUACUCGCUUCUCGGUUUCGGCGAUAUACUCGUACCAGGACUGCUGGUCGCAUUUCUGCGUGGCUUUGACCUCAUCUCUGUUGGUGGCUGUCUGUACUUCCCGGUGGCCCUAAUAUGCUAUGGUUUAGGCCUUAUGAUGACGUUCGUCGGCCUCUACCUGAUGCGCACGGCCCAGCCCGCACUUUUGUACCUUGUACCGUUCACAGUAAUACCUACGCUGGUGAUUGCACAGUGCAGAGGCGAGCUCCACGACUUAUGGAACGGAAAGAUGGGCUUCUCUUCAGACGGCUGGGCUGCCUCCAUGGUGGCCGAGCCGGUAUUCAUCAGUUGCUAUGGGAUAACCAAGCAUCAAAAGCUGAAACUCACAGGGCGCCACGUCUCCAAGGCGCCGAAGUCUCAUGUUAGGCUGCCACGACCUGCAAAAGCUUCGGCUACUGGUGGUGGCAAUUCUUCUCGACGCCCAUCAGAUGAAGACGAAGUGAUGAAUGCGUCCGAACAGCAAGAUAACCCCGUGUUUCGCGGACCCGAGGAAGACUGUGAUGGCCCCUCGACGACACCUAAUGCCGACGACGAGUGUGUUACUCCGAAGAAGGCGCGAACUGAUAAUCAAGAGGAUUCAUCAUCAUCAUCAGCCUGA